AUGGCGAAGGACAACUCGGCCUUCUCCUCCAUCCAUGAGCCCCUGGCGCCCGAUGCCAAGGUCCCUGGCCCCCAGCUCAAGCCGGCAGCCCUGCGGCGCCUGGGCGAGGAGCCCGAGAAGGCGGAGAAGAAGAGGGGGCGGCAGCGGUACGUGGAGAAGGACGGCAAGUGCAACGUCCAGCAUGGCAACGUCCAUGAGACCUACCGCUACCUGACGGACAUCUUCACGACGCUGGUGGACCUCAAGUGGCGCUUCAGCCUGCUGGUCUUCAUCCUGGCUUAUGCCAGCACCUGGUUGUUCUUCGGCCUCAUCUGGUGGUUCAUCGCCUACUGCCGCGGAGACCUGGACCACCUGGGCGAUGACGCCUGGACGCCAUGUGUCAACAACCUCAACGGCUUCGUCUCGGCCUUCCUCUUCUCCAUUGAGACGGAGACCACCAUCGGCUACGGCCACCGGGUCAUCACAGACAAGUGCCCUGAGGGCAUCAUCCUUCUCCUGCUGCAGGCCAUCCUGGGCUCCAUGGUCAACGCCUUCAUGGUGGGCUGCAUGUUCGUCAAGAUCUCGCAGCCCAACAAGAGGGCCGAGACGCUGGUCUUCUCCUCGCAUGCCGUCGUCUCCCUGCGCGACGACCGCCUCUGCCUCAUGUUCCGCGUGGGGGACUUGCGCAACUCGCACAUUGUGGAGGCCUCCAUCCGAGCCAAGCUCAUCAAGUCCAAGCAGACCCAGGAAGGGGAGUUCAUCCCCCUCAACCAGACGGACAUCAACGUGGGCUUUGAGACCGGAGACGACCGCCUCUUCCUGGUCUCCCCGCUCAUCAUCAGCCAUGAGAUCAAUGAGCACAGCCCCUUCUGGGAGGUCUCCCGGGAACAGCUCAAGAAGGACGACUUUGAGAUCGUGGUCAUCCUGGAGGGGAUGGUGGAGGCCACAGGGAUGACCUGCCAAGCGCGAAGCUCGUACCUGAUGGACGAAGUCCUGUGGGGCCACCGCUUCAUGUCCGUCCUCUCUCUGGAGGAUGGCUUCUACGAAGUGGACUACAACAGCUUCCACCAGACCUUCGAGGUGCCCACGCCCAGCUGCAGCGCCCGGGAACUGUCCGAGGCGGCCGCCCGCAUGGAUGCCCACCUAUACUGGUCCAUCCCCAGCCGGCUGGACGAGAAGGUGGAGGAAGGGACUACUGAGAAAGCAGCGGUGGAGGAGGAUGCGGACAAGGAGAGGAACGGGAACCUUGCCAGUGCCGAGAGCGAGUCCAAGGUCUGAUGGAGCCAUGGGGA